AUGGCAACAGAUGAGGAUGGACUGGGACUGUUUGAUGUCCGCUAUGGUGCUGAAGCUUCCCCCUUCAAGGAAGGUGAUGAGAGCUCAGUGGAUAUUUACGAUGGCUUGGACAACGGUUUGACAGCUCCUGACAAUUCUGCUCCAAAUUCUACACCAGCUGGAAACAGCUUAAAUUUGUUUGAUGAGAUAUUAAUUGAAGAAGGGACUGCAAAGGAAGCAUCCUACAACGAGUUGCAGGCAGAAUAUGGAAAAUGUCAACAGCAAAUUAAAGAGUUGAUGAAGAAGUUUAAGGAAAUACAGGCACAGAAUGUCAUCCUACAGAAUGAAAACCAAGCUCUCAAAAAGAAUAUUUCAGCACUUAUCAAAACAGCAAGAGUAGAAAUAAACCGUAAGGAUGAAGAAAUCAGUAAUCUCCAUCAAAGGCUAUCAGAAUUUCCCAAUCAUCGAAGUAGUUUCACCAGAACAUACCUUCCAGGAUCAACUAAUGGAAGGUGCUCUGAGAUGUGUAAAACAAAAGAUUCCAAAUUCAGACCUUCUGAUUUAGGUGACAGUAUAAAGAUGGAGCAUAGAAUGAAAAAUGACUGUUCAAAAGAUACAUACCACAGUUACUCAUCUCAUAAUACGGACAAUGGGAAGUCUAGCUCUGAAAAAAGAAACACUCCGUAUUUACUGAGAUACCCUCCUGAAGAGCUCUGCAAUGAUGGUACUCAUACAUGUCUGCCAAACUAUGACCAUAGUUCCAACAAGGAUAACAGAAAGGAAAGAAAAGAAAUCAGAAAUAAUGAACAGUACAGUAGGGGAAAUGUCAACAAAUACAAAAGAGAAGCACAUCAGAGCACCGGAAACAAUGGUGAUAGUGAAGAUGGGAAUUCAGAUCCUCAGCAAAAGCUGAAAAGCCUUUCAGAGAAGGCUAGUAAAAAUGAGUUGCAACAAAAAAGUCAGAGCGUAAAACUCAAAUGCAGUCCAAGUGUAGAAAGAAGAGUAGAAAGGGGUGUUUCUUCCUGGGAGAAACAAACUACUGGUAAAGACAGAUUUCAGACAAGAGGUGAAUUGUAUAUUGAUGAGAGAUCACAAAAUGUAUUAAAAAAAGACAUUAAAACACAUGAUAAGGAUGAAAAAAAUGCUGGCCAAAAAAAUAAACCAAAUGAAAAGCUACAGGAGCAACCAAGGAGGUCUGGUAGAGGGAGUAGUCCACACUCAAAGAAUGAACAUUCAAAGAGUCUUCAUGAAUCACGUAAAUGUCGUGUGGAAGAGUCUAGAAAAGGAAAAGACAUCGACUGCAAGAGAGACAGGGGAACAAAUGAUCAUACUUCUCGAGAAGGAAGGACUUCACCUUCUAAUUCCAACAGCAGAGAGCAUAAAUAUGCACGCUUGAAGGAAAAUAGUAGUAGGUAUGAAUGGGAAACAGCACAUUCCAAAUCAGAAAGACACAGAACUGAGGAAAAAAGGAAAAGAGAAAGAGAGAAUCAGGAUGAAAAUAGACAUUUCAGAAAUGAAAGAAAAGUUGCAAAAGAGAUAUCUCACCAAUCUGCAAAAGAAUCCAAGAAAGGUACAGAUGUUACAAAAAGUGAGAGAAACAAGUCCUAUAAGCUAGAAGAAACAUCUGGAGUAGCAGAUAGCUUAAAAGACCAUAAAGUUCCCAAAAUUAAAGAUGAUCACACUGGGACAAAGAGCAAAGACUUAAAACUUAGCUUUAUGGAAAAGCUAAAUUUAACUCUUUCUCCUGCUAAGAAACAAUGUGUCUCUCCAACGGAUGGACUUAAAACACCUUCCCAAAAGGCCACUGAUGAGGGAAGUACGGAGCUCACGCUGCAGGCAGAACUGUUAGAUUCUGCCCACCCUGUUAACUGUGGUCCCACAGAGCAAACUAAUUCAACACUACAAGUUCUGGACGGUGCAGCUCAAAGCAACAUGGAACCAGCACUGCCUGUUUUUGUCCGUUCUGAAAAUAAAGCCUUGAAAGUAGCAGCAGCAGAUCCAGCACAGUCUGAAGCAUUGCCAGCGGUGGCAACUGAUGAACUGAGCUCAGAAACCUUACCAGAAGCAGAAGUGGGUCAGGUACAGCCCCAAGCCUUGUCAGGAGCAGCAGAGGUACUGGUUCCUGGUGAGAUGCAGGCUGAAACGUUGUCAGAAGCAGCAGAGGCUUGUGAUCUGGUUGAAUUGGAAGCCUCAGCAACAGCAGUGGCAGUGACGGAUCUGAAUCACCCUGAAUCUUUGCCCCUGGAGGUGGCAGGGAGUAUGGCAAAGUGUGAAAACUUGCCUGUGACGGUGGGUGUGAUGCAGGAUGAUAAUGUGCCAGCAGCAGAAGUGGCACAAUCUGAACCUGCCAGUGAAAGUAUAGGAGCCCUUCCAGAGUCAGCAGCAGAGAAGAAAGAGGAAGAGAAAAUAUGGCUAGCUGCUGACAUAGAAAGUUCAGCAGACCAAUGUGGCUCUCAACACCGAUCAGAAGCCAAAAGUUUUGGUGACCUGGAGUCCUGUGAUGUUGCAGAUGAUAUUAGCGAAACAAAACCAAACUGUUUAACGGAAGUAGUGAAGAAUGAUGAUCACUUGGCUGCAGAAAAUGUUGAGUGUCCUGUUGAGGAAAAGGGUGUCUGUGAAAUUAAUAUAAGUAUGUCUCGGUCACUUGACAGAACUAUGUUAACUGAUAAGGAUGAACCAUUAGUUGACCGGAAUGCUUGUGAUCUGGAGCCAGACCUAACUGAAAUCAGUACUGCAGCAUCCUCUCUUAGUGGUGAGAUGUGUCCUACAACUAAAGAGAGAGAAACUAACCCAGUUCCUGUUGAUGAUGACAGCUCAAUACUGAGCAUUGAUCUCAAUCACUUGAGGUAUAUUCCGAAGGCAAUCAGCCCAUUGAACAGUCCAAUGCGCCCUUUGGCUAAAGCACUUAAGAUGGAAAGUCCCUGCAAAGGUCUUGUGAAGAGUUAUAACAAAGAUUUAAUUCCUGAAAGUACGGUUGUCGUCUGUCCCUCAAAGAAUUUGUCAAAGGAGGUAAACAAAGAAAAUCAAAAGCCAGUUAGCAUGUCUGAUGAACACUUAGAGGUGGAGUCCCAGCUGAGUAUCUCUUCAGAUGAAAUAGAAGAAGGAGAAAUCAUAAGUAGCGAUGAAGAUGAAGAAAAAUCUCAACCAGAAAGAGACUCUGAAAAUACAAAAAAGUCAAGACCAAAAGCUUCUCCUGAGACACGGAAUUUGACCAGCGGUCCGCAGAAUCAAAAGAGCAAAACUGUGCGUUGCAGUGAAGAUAAUGGAAAAUUUGUUUCUGUGAAAGUAAGUACAAAGAAGAACAGAGAGAGGCAUAAAAAUCAGACUUUCAGAUCUUCGAAGGAUAUGAAGAAAAACAAAACUGUGAGCAUUGCUUGUCUUGAAAAAAUAGUUCAUGUUAUUGUUGAACCUUCAAAUGUACAAGAAAUCAUGCAGAUGCUAAGAGCUAUACGAAAACAGAUGAGGAAGAAUUAUAUGAAGUUCAAGGUACACUUCCCAGUUCAGCAUUUUCACAGAAUUAUAGAAUCUGGUAUCAUAAAUUUUACAUCAUUAAUAAAAUACUUGAACUUUUCCAAGAUGUCUACAUUGGGUGAGACAUUAAAAUUGAAUAUCUGUGAUAUUAUAGAGUCCAAACUUAAGCAGGUUAAAAAGAAUGCAAUAGUGGACCGUCUUUUUGAACAACAAGUAUCAGAUAUGAAAAAACAGUUAUGGAAAUUUGUAGAUGAACAGCUUGAUUACUUAUUUGAAAAGGUAAGGAGAAUUAUAAUAAAACUAUGUGAUGUGGGAAACAUGGGAAAUGAGAGUGAGGAAGGGAAGUUUGAAAGAGCAGGAAAGCAAAAACACAAGAUCAGUCAUAAAAAUGAUGUGCAAAGAUCUAGAAAAAAGUCCCUGAAAGCCAGAUCUCAAAAGCCUGAAGAAUAUAUCCUUUCGAAGCAAAUUGUGGAUUAUCAACGACCUAAGUGUCACCAUGAGAAAAAUAAAACAGAUGCACCAAAAACUGCCUUUACAAAAUGUCUUAACUCCAUUGAUAACACGAGGAAUUCUCAAACCAAAGUGCACAUCUCUAAAGAGAAUAAUUUGCAAGGCGCUCUCACUCCAUUGAAGGGUGUAAAAUAUGAAAAGGAAGGAUUCCAGCUAUCCAGAGAUGCUAACAAGUCUGAUCUUGGUUAUGAGCUUCUCACAGAACAACAAGCAUCCAGUCUUACGUUUAAUCUUGUAAGUGAUGCUCAAAUGGGUGAAAUUUUCAAAAGCUUAUUGCAAGGUUCUGAUCUCUUGGAAAAAAAUGGUGGCAAUAUUGACAGAAAUGAAUGGGAAUUCAGGACUCCAGAAAAACAGUUUUUAGACAGUCAUAAAUGCAGAGGUAAUGCUGUUGGACUGGUGCAAGAAGUUGCUCCAAAGGAGGCUUGUGUGGAAUCUCGACCAGUAGAGGAUAUUAACUGGCCUAUUGUUUCACCUGUAAGAGCUCCCUCUUUAGCAUCUAGGCUUCAGAUGUCUGUUGAUCCAGAUGUACUAGAUGAAAGCUGUAUGUUUGAGGUUCCUACAAAUGCAGCUUCAUGUAAAGAAGAUGAAUGCAAUUUACAAAAGAAUAAAUCAUUUGUUUCUUCUAUCCUCCUUGAAGAUUUGGCUGUUUCCUUAACUAUUCCAUCACCUUUGAAAUCAGAUGCUCACCUCAGCUUCCUAAAACCUGAGAAUAAUUCUAGCUCAACUCCCGAGGGUGUUCUCAGCGCACAUUACAGCGAAGAUGCACUUCUUGAAGAGGAGGAUGCCACUGAACAAGACAUUCAUUUGGCUUUAGAAUCCGAUAACUCAAGCAGUAAAUCAAGUUGUUCUUCAUCGUGGACAAGUCGGCCGGUUGCUCCCGGUUUUCAGUGUCGCCCCAGCCUACCAAUGCAAGCAGUAAUCAUGGAGAAAUCCAAUGAUCAUUUUAUUGUAAAGAUUAGGCGUGCGGUGCCAUCUACCUCACCAGCAUCUGAUCAGGUGGCUUCAGUGAAGGAGGUGCGGGCAUCCUCAACCAAGAUUGAAAAAGAAGAAAUGAGAAGUGGGGAAAAAGAAAGGGACAGUCAGAGUGCCACAGCAGCCACUGUGCAAGAAGCUGUCAAACCCGAUCUGGUUAAUACAGAUCAGUUGCCUCAUGUCAGCAAUGGACAAGAACAAAGUCCUGCCUCACCUCAGCCUCUGAAGGAGUCACAUAAUAGUAUUGGAAAGGAAGAAACUACUGGGUUGCUUGGACCCUGUAGAAAAUCUUCAAACACAGAGAUCCUUGACACUGGAAGCCCAGAUGAAGGCUCUGAGCAAUCUCAGGCACCCAAAUUGAAUGUAUCUGAAAACAUAAAUGAAAUGGGUGUUAGAUCUCAAGCUUCUUUUCCUGUUGGAUGCACUAUGGAGUCAUACAUAGACUUUACAGAUGAUAUCGUUAGUGAAACUUCAUGUCGUGCAGUGGAAUCCACUGCAGAUAACAAGACUCAGGAAACUUCUACAGGAAACUCAGAAAUCAAUAAUAAAAAGGAAGAACUGGAAGAGUGCUCUGAUGCAUUUAUAGACUUAACAGAAGAGCUUUCCAAUGAGACUGCAGCAGGUGAAUGUAAUCUUGAAACAAAAUCCACUCCAAAUACUGAUGUAGGAUGCCAGAUAAGUAUAGAUGAUAAAACUAGUAAAAAAAGGAAAAAGGAGGCUGUCAGAGAGAAUUCCAACUCAAAAAGGCAACGAAAAGAAACUGAAUCAGCAGGUGAAGGGAGCGAUGCAAGUGAUGUGAAGUCUGAAGAGGUAAAUUCAGGACCCAAACAGUGUUCCAGUAAGAAGAAUGAGUUGCAGCAGAACAAAGACUCUUCUCCUUUGGCUUCAUCUGCGUCAUCACCUAGUCUGUAUGCCAAAAACAUCAUUAAAAAGAAGGGGGAAGUAGUAGUUUCCUGGACCAGAAAUGAUGACCGAGAAAUUUUACUGGAAUGUCAGAGAAAAGGACCGUCAAGCAAAACCUUUGUUUCCUUAGCCACUAGGCUGAACAAAAGCCCAAAUCAGGUUUCAGAAAGAUUCAAACAGUUAAUGAAGCUGUUCAAGAAAUCCAGGUGCAAGUAAACUUACUACCAAGUUGCUUCAUGGUUACAGGGUUUAGCUGUUACCAGCAACGACGGACUACAACCACUGCAUUCAUAUGAUGGGAUUAGUGGGAGGUAUCCAAGUCAGAAUACUAAGUCUGGUAAAUCUGAUGCACUGUUAAUUAUUUACUUCCCUCUCAAUGUUUCCUCUAAAGUGCUUUAUCAGAAUAAGACAGAGGGAACUUUUCAAACAAACUGGCUAGGAAGGAAUGGGCACGUACAAAUGGAGCAAUAUAAUUUCAAGGGGGUGACAUCUCCUGUUGGUUAAAUGUGUUCUAUAAGCAAAGACAAGGGUGUGCAGUCAAGUGAAAACGGUGGCUCUUGCUUAACUUGUCCGAAGUGCUGCGUAUGGUGAUGUCGAACUAUGAUUUUAAAAAGUAAGAGUGCUUUGAAAUCCAGUUGGUAGAUAAUCCUGGAAAAUGACAGGUGCGUCAUCUUGGUUACCUUGAAAUGUAUUUUGAGAAGUUAGGCCUUUUUCUUUUAAAAUAAGGCAGGGCAGUGAUAGCAAUGAUUCCAAAAGCUGCUUAUCUAGUAAUUGGAUUCUGAUGGUAAGGAAUAGGUGGUUCUUGCUGCUUUGUCAGUUGCUCAUAGUGGGUUUCAAGGAGAGAAUCUGGCACUGAGUGCAGGGUUUGUCUUCAACUUUAAGCACAUUAUCUAAGCCAUUUCUUAAUGACUCCAGUGUUCAACAGAGAUGAAUGAAUUCUCUUUGAGGGUGCCCAUCUGUUGUCAUUGACAAUGGGGAAAAUCUAAGCCAAUUGUCUAGUCUAGACCCCUAACUUUCCGAUUUUUGAAGUCAAAUAAAAUGAGUCCCAGCCUCUGUGAGAGAGUGAACCCAGUCAUUAAUGCAGUGACCAGUUUCUCAGUUUCUUUUAAAUUGUGAAAUGCCGUAAUGAGUAUUCAUUUACAAAGAACUGUCUUCUAGUUAAAAACAUUUUGCAGUUCUGAUGAUAUUUAAAAAGACUUAGUAUUGAAUUUUGAAUAGUUGGGUUUUUUU